AUGCAAGCUACACGGCCAUUGGCACGCAAGAACCUCUUGUUAUGCUUCGAUGCAUUCGAUACUCUGUACAAACCUAACUUAGCGGUACCUGCAGCGUAUGCCUUUGCAGCGCAACGUCACGGGAUUUCCUGUGUUGCGGAUGAUACAAGCUCAAAGCCUGUUGAGAAAUGGAAUGUAAAGGACUAUGAGCCAGUGCACAGGUCUUUCAAACAAGCAUUCAAGCAUCAGUCAGCCGAGAACCCGAAUUAUGGAAAAGUAACAGGCCUGGGAGCGGAGAGAUGGUGGGCAAAUGUCAUCCGCGGGACAUUCCUGCCAUUCCUGAAACCCCAACAGGAAGUUCCGGAUGCCCUCAUUUCGGAGCUUCUGAAGCGUUACUCCAGCUCAGAAGGAUAUAAACUGUUCCCAGACGCCAAAGCCUUAUUCGAUAUACUUAGACAAGCUCAAAACCAAGCGUCAUCUGAGAACCCUUGGAAAUGGGAUAGGACGGUCGUCGGAGUCAUCUCGAAUUCCGAUGACCGCGUCCCAUCAGUUCUAUCAUCACUGGGCCUAAAUGUCGCCUCCCGGCGCGUAGGCUCAACUAUUCAACAUGUCGCCGUAUCAGAAGAUAUCAGCUUUGUCGUUCAUUCCUACGAUGUAGGCUACGAAAAGCCCGACAGCCGCAUCUUCAACGCCGCAACAGACAUCUUAGCAGCCUCUUCUGCAUCGUUGGGAUCAAUCGAUGAUUACAAGAGACUUUACGUUGGGGACUCUCUCAAUCAUGACUACAUCGGUGCGGAGAAGGCAGGCUGGCAUGCUGUGUUAAUCGAUCGACACGGUUCGGAAAAGGAAUGGAGAGCAGAAACUGAACGCAAAACUCCGCUUCAGACAAAGUGGGUCGAAGGGGAAGAUGGGAAGAGGAAGAAGAUUGUGGUAGUGAACGGUCUUGACGAGCUAGUGAAUUGGCAUCCGAAAAACAAGUGGAGUGGUGAGCGUCCCGGGCGGAGAGCGCAGAGAGACAGGUCCAGGUCUGGUCAAGAGCCUUGA